CAGUGGCUGGGGAUCAAACUGGCACUGCAGAGGCUGCGGGCAGCCUCUCAACCCAGCGCUCAACCACUGCGCCACCAGAGGAGGCCCAGUUGUCAUUUUUUUAAUGACAAAAUUUAAACAAUUUUGAAGGUAGACAAACUUCCUCUGGCAGUUGGGCCCAGCCUAACACAACAUGGGUCCCUCAGUCAAAUCCACUUUGGAUAAAACCCAAAUAAAUGAAGAGAUUAAAAGGAUGAGCAUCAACCCUAAGACUGCACGACAGUUCUUCUGGGUUUUUGGAAACAUGACCUGGGAAUGACCGCAAGUGACCAGAGGUCAUUUGCUUCUCUCUUCCUGACAUGUGUUACUGCUAAAGGACUUUGUCACUUGUCACUGACUGAUGGGUCAUUAAAGACUCCUUUGACUCGAGGUGCAAGAUAAGGUGAAUUUUACACACGCACAGAAGUCGUGAUAUAGGUGUGUUGGCUUGGGGGGAGCCUGUUUUUGACAAUCCUACCUCCUGCUAACAUCUCAGUGAGUAAAAUGAAAUGAUCUUUGUAGCUGCUGACAUACUAGUAGAACUGAAUUUAGUUCUUCUCAAGGGCUGACUUAGAAUCUCUGUUUUGCUGGCAGUAGUCUUGGGUACAAGCUGGGGUGUGUUGUUAGAUUAGGAAAGUUCUAGAUUAGGGAUCGUCCUGACAAGUAACCUCUACUUAGCAAUGGGCUUCUUUACAAAAUGAUUUGAAGUUUCCAUCUUUAUUCCCAUGUGAAUGCAACAAUAAACCUGGCCUUUUGGUAUGUCCAAAAUGAUCCUCCUGCCUUUACAUUUUUGGGGUCUGCGAAAUACACAUUUUGGUCUGUUCUCGGUCACCUGCUGCCUGCAAUCUGCCGUCCAUCUCCAUGGGUGGUAGCGGAGUCUGUGUAACAAAGCUAUGGAUUCCAUCACCCAGGUGUGCAUCCCUUGACGACAGAGUUGGGGUACAGAUUCCUGCAGGAGGAAGCCAUGACUUUAGCCAGGAUCGGACUUUCCCCUGGUCACCCAGAAAAAUUAAAGCCAUCUUCAGCGGCGUGGUUCUAGGACGCCAGCUGGGCAAGGGGCUGACUCGUCUCCUACCAAGUGUAGCUAGAUGAAAGAUGAUCUGCGUGCAGUGGGUGGGGCCCUCCAGCUCAGGAGGUGAAGCCAGGAGGAGGAGAAAGAAUCUGCUCCUCCACUCAGUAGAACAUGGAGAGCUGGCAGGAAGUCGGAGCAUGCACUGGCAGGGCGCACAUUUUUGUUGAUAGUUAAUAACCCAGAACUUGAAAGAACUGAACGGAGAAAGGAAAUGAAGCACAACCAACUUUGGAGUCUGUCCCGAUCAAGUGGCUCGAAGCACCCGAGAACCCACACAUGAUCAGGUCAUAAGGCAGUUACCUGGCUGAGCAGUGCUGGAAUGGCGGCUUCAUCUACCUGAUCAUGCUGCGGCGCUUUAAGCACAAAGUCCACUCUCCUUAUAACGGCAGCAGCAGCCACAGCUCUGAACCAGGAGAGACCCCAAACUUGGAGCUGGGGGACGGAACUGUGAAAAAAGGGAAGAGAACAAGAAAGUUUGGGGUCAUUUCCAGGCCUUCUACCCCUAAGGCCACUGAAGAUUCCAAGAGCAUCACUGGCUGUGAGCUGGACGGUGACCCGGUCUCUGAGCCGGACCAUGGCCUGGACGCUGAGCUCGGAAAUGGUCACGCCUUUGAGCUAGAGAACGGCCCAGAUCCUCUCAAGGAGGUGUCUGGGUCCCAGCUGGAUGGGUCAGAAGUGGACAGAGGGACAGAGCAUAGGAUUCCAAAGACAGAAGCUCCACCACCCACCAGUAAUGACAAACGCAACCUCUCCAAACCCGGGAAGACGGACUUCCAGUCCAGUGACUGCCUGGCACGGGAGGAAGUUGGCCGGAUAUGGAAGAUGGAGCUGCUUAAAGAAUCUGAUGGGCUGGGAAUUCAGGUUAGUGGAGGCCGAGGAUCAAAGCGCUCACCUCACGCUAUCGUUGUCACUCAAGUGAAGGAAGGAGGUGCCGCUCACAGGGAUGGCAGACUGUCUCUAGGAGACGAGCUGCUGGUGAUCAACGGCCACUUGCUGGUCGGGCUAUCCCACGAGGAGGCGGUGGCCAUCCUCCGCUCGGCCACUGGCAUGGUGCAGCUGGUGGUGGCCAGCAAGGAAACCUCUGCAGAGGACCUCCUCAGGCUAACAGCGAAGAGUUUGCCUGAUCUGACGAGCUCAGUAGAGGACGUGUCCUCUUGGACCGACAACGAAGACCAGGAGCCGGACGGGGAAGAGGACGAAGGAGCCGGCUCGUCUUCCGCCCGGGGAGCAAUGCCUGGGACAGAUGAGCCCCAAGAUUUGUGUGGCCCUGAAGACUCCAAGGGGAACUUGGAGAGUCCAAAACAGGGCAGCAGUAAAAUGAAGCUCAAGAGUCGUCUGUCUGGGGGUGUGCACCGCCUAGAGUCUGUCGAAGAAUAUAAUGAGCUGAUGGUGCGGAAUGGGGACCCCCGGGCCAGGAUGUUGGAGGUGUCCCGAGAUGGCCGGAAGCACUCUCUUCCCCAGCUGCUGGACUCCUCCGGGGCCUCGCAGGAAUACCACAUCGUGAAGAAGUCCGCCCGCUCGCUGAGCACCACGCAGGUGGAGUCUCCCUGGAGGCUCAUUCGGCCCUCGGUCAUCUCCAUCAUCGGGCUGUACAAGGAAAAGGGCAAGGGCCUGGGCUUUAGCAUUGCUGGCGGUCGAGACUGCAUUCGAGGACAGAUGGGGAUUUUUGUCAAGACCAUUUUCCCAAACGGAUCAGCUGCCGAGGAUGGAAGACUUAAAGAAGGAGAUGAAAUCCUCGAUGUAAAUGGAAUCCCAAUAAAGGGCUUGACCUUUCAAGAAGCCAUUCAUACAUUUAAGCAAAUCCGGAGUGGGUUAUUUGUCCUGACGGUCCGCACAAAGCUGCUGAGCCCAAGUCUCACUCCCUGCUCGACCCCCACACACAUGAGCAGAUCCAGCUCCCCGAAUUUCAACGUCAGUGGGGGAUCCUCAGCUGUAAACUCAGAGGAAGGCAAUUCCUCAUCCCUGGGGCGCAAGGCCCCCGGGCCCAAGGACAGGAUCGUCAUGGAAGUCACACUCAAUAAAGAGCCCAGAGUUGGACUGGGCAUCGGUGCCUGCUGCCUGGCUCUGGAAAGCAGUCCUCCGGGCAUCUACAUUCACAGCCUCGCCCCUGGAUCAGUGGCCAAGAUGGAGAGCAACCUGAGUCGUGGAGACCAGAUCCUGGAAGUGAACUCAGUCAACGUUCGCCAUGCUGCUUUAAGCAAAGUCCAUGCCAUCUUAAGCAAAUGCCCCCCUGGGCCUGUUCGCCUCGUCAUCGGCCGGCACCCUAACCCAAAGGUUUCCGAGCAGGAAAUGGAUGAAGUGAUAGCACGCAGCACUUAUCAGGAGAGCAAAGAGGCCAAUUCCUCUCCUGGUUUAGGUACUCCCUUGAAGAGUCCCUCUCUGGCCAAAAAGGACGCCCUGACUGCGGAAUCCGAGCUCUCCCAGUACUUUGCCCACGACGGCCCAGGCCCCUUGUCAGACUUUGUGGUGGCCGGCUCUGAGGACGAGGAGCACCCAGGAAGUGGCUGCAGCACCUCCGAGGACAGCAGCCUGCCACCCAGCACCUCCACUCCCAAGGAGCCAGGCAAACCCAGGGCCAACAGCCUUGUGGCACUCGGAAGCCAGCGGGCCUCGGGGCUCUUCCACAAGCAGGUGACAGUUGCCAGACAAACCAGUCUCCCUGGGAGCCCACAGGCCCUCCGAAACCCUCUCCUCCGUCAGAGGAGGGUCGGCUGCUACGAUGGUGAUGAGGCCAGUGACGAGGAAGAGCUUGAUGGUGAAGGGGACUGCAUUUCCCUCCCGGGGGCCCUUUCUGGCCCCAGCAGGCCUCUGACAGAGGACGAUACUAGGCAUGUGUUGAGGACCUCUGCCAAGGGUCCAGGCACCACCAACCUAGAGGAAUAUCCCCAGAAAACGCUGGUCAGCAAGGCCUCCUCGGUGCCUCUCCUUGGCAGUUCAUUGGACAGGGUGGAGAGAUGCCCGGGCGGCACGGGAGACACGCCUUCCCGCUCAGCCAACCUACUGGCCUGUGCAGCAGCCCCCAAGGAUGGCCGCGGCUGCUCCGGGAGGAAGGAACUGUCAGGAUCUAAGAGUUCACCCAAAUUAGAAUACAGAGCUGCCACGGGCCCCCAGAACCUGAUAAACACAGACAGCACCGGCUCCCCCCCACAGAAGAAUGACAGCCUGGGAUCUGGGCACAAACCGGUGGCCCGAAUCAGCCCCCACUGCAAGAAGCCUGAGGCUGAGACCAGGCCAGGCAGCUCAGAGACGGGAAGCCCGAAGGAUGGAGCCGUGGACCCACAGGGUCUGGACCUGAGAGUCCAGGCCACGUCCAUCAAAGUGACCAGCGCGGGUGUGCAGCCAGGUGGCACCGAGGAGACGGAGCCUUUGGGAAAGCUGACCAUCGGGGAUGGGUGUGCCCCGACCGGCUGUGCUCUGCACUGCCCAGAGGCUGACCACCUCCCAGAGAACUUGCCAGAAGCUGCACUGGAGCUCAGGCAACAGCCCCAGUCAGACCUGGACGGCUCUGUCCCCGCCCUGGGGCAGAAGGGGGCGGCUCGCCCUGACCCCAGCAAGACCGCGAGGGACACCGGGCCAGUCAGGAGGCCUGAGAACCCCGGAGCACCAGCACCGCCCAGGGCCCCCGAGCCUCAGGACCGAUCUCAAGUCAGCAAGGGAUGCAGCCCGUCCCCGAGGAAGGCAGCGGCAGCCCAGACUGACUUCAGCAAGACUCCCACAGCUGCAGAGGGCAGCUCCCCCAGCAACGGCAGGCAGCCAGCUGCCCAAGGGGGAGCAGGGCCCGAAGCAGAGGCAGCCGCUCUGGCCGGCACCAGCCAGUCACCAGACCUUCUCCCCUCCCAGGAGGAGCGACGUAACCACAGCAAGGCCUCACACACCGCAGGCAUCCUUGAACCUGGCAACUCCCCACAGUCUGCUCUGCCCAAGGGAACAGGCCCCGCAUCCCAGACGGCUCCACAGCCUGGCCCUGCCCUGCCAUCGCCCACGGACAGGGCCCAGGGGGUGUGUGGCAGUCACUCGGGUCACUGCUGCCCCCCGAAGAGUGGGGGGAGCUCCAGAACUGACGUCGACAGACUCAUCAAGGACUUGGAUGCUUCUGAGGCAAGACUUCCAUCCUCUCAGAAAGGGGACCCGGCGAUUCUGGAGGGCGGUUCUCAGGGUCAGCCUCCAACGGGAGGCGGAAGUUCCUGCGAGGCCCAGCCAGUCACAGGGAGCCAGACCCCCUCCCCAGGCAGGGCUGCUGGCCCACCCCCUCCCCCACAGUGGGCCUCUCAACCGUCAGUAUUGGAUUCAGUUCAUCCUGACAAGCAUCUUACUGUGAAUAAAAGCUUUCUCAGCAACUACUCUAGAAAUUUUAGCAAUUUCCACAAAGACAGCAUCUCCCCGCCAGGCUUGGGUGACAACACAGAGCCGCCCCUCUCGUCCAUGUAUGGAGAUGCUGAGGAUUCAUCUUCUGACCCUGAGUCACUCACUGAAGCCCCACGAGCUUCCACCAGGGACCACCUGUCGCCUCCUCGUUCUCAUGGGUCUUCUUACAAGGAUGACACCACAGAGUCUGAGGAGGAGCAAAUUGAAAUUUGUUCCACAAAUGGCUCCCCCAACCCACCCCUGACUCCUGCUCCUGCCAGGGCUGUCCCCGGUGCUGCUCCAGCCAGAGCUCUGCCCCUGGAGCACAGCACUUGGAGUGAAGCGGUGGCAGGUCCCUGUGACAGAACGUCCUUCCCGCCUGGGCCCUCGUGUCCUUCCAGCCCAAACUCUUCCCAGCCAUUUUCUCUCCUGGACAUAAGCUCACGUGAGCACGUGGACACAAGGAUUUCGCAGAACCACAGGCCCCUGUGCGCAGGAGACACCGUGGAAGGCACCGGCACCAGCUCGGCUGUGGACAACAGCUGGCCUCCUCCAGCCCCCCUGUGCCUCCACAAACCCCCCGUCACCCUCAGCGCUCUCAACAUGGUCGGCGGCUUGGACCAUGAGCUGCUAGAUCACAGAACCCCAAAUAGCAAACAAGAAAGAGAAGUUCACGCCGGUGAGAACCUGGCCUCCCUUGUCCUGGAUGUCCCUAAGAAUGGAGAAUCCGUCCUGGCAAGUCUGCAUAUCUCAGAAAGUCAAGACCUGGAUGACUUGCUACCGAGACCAAAAAUGAUCUCCAAGAGGCCCAUCAUGGCCUGGUUUAAAGAAAUCAAUAAAAAUAACCAAAGUCCGCAUUUGCAGAACCGAACUGAAAAGGAGCAACCCGCGGUGCCCGCCAGGAGCCCCGACUCCAGGAGUCCGGUGAUGAGCUCCAGCCACAGAAAGGGGGUCGCCGUGGCUGAGAGUCCCCCACAGCUGAAACUGAACCUUGAAAAUAAAGACCCACCUAAAAAAAAUUCAGUGGAAACUCUUUUAAGUAACUGUCAGAAACCCAAAUCCGGUCCUAAGCUGAAGAAACUGAGCAUCAAAAGCAAAAGCAAAGUCAGUACCGAGGCCCCUGCAGCCACCACAGCCAAGGCUGGGGGGACAGACCACAAGAAAUCCCUUAUCUCACCCCAGGCCUCCCACAAAAUGCUUUCCAAGGUGGCGUCACACCGGUCCCAAAUAGCUGACCACGAGGAUCCCGACACAGACGCCCCAUCUCCCCUCAAGAGUCCCCAGUGUAAGCUGGAGACCAGGAGGCCCCUGGCCACCUCGGGGUCACUGAAGGCCUCAGCAUCAGACACAAGCAUCAGGACAUUUAUUUCACCUCUUACCUCCCCCAAGACUCCUCCUGAGCAAGGUGCAUGCAGCAGCUUCCCCCUGGCGAGCCACUCAGACCCCAACGGAGGGUGCCCCGCUGGCCCCAGGCCUCCUAAGGGUGGACCAGAGACCAAGGCGUCCCCUGUGGCCUCGGGGGCGAGUCCCGCGGCCUCAAGGAGCAGUACAUCCCCAGCAGGGAGCAAGCGGGACACCCCACUUCCCGUGCACAGCGAGCGGGGUGCCUCCAGCCAAAUGACACCGAAAGCAGCCCAAGACGGGGUGACUGGCCACAAAGAAAGCAAAAUAAUUGCUAGUGAUCUCCUGGAAAGGACCAACCCGCUGAGAAUAAUUGACAUUUCUUCAGAAAGACUGCCCAAGAGUGCGUCUGGUGACGCGCUAGCGGACAGGGACAGACAGGGAGGGCCCUUGGCCCAGAGCAGCUGUCAGAAGCGUGAGAUCCGCCUCUGCCACCAGUCUGUGGGGGCGAGCGCAGGUCCCCCGCCGUCCGCACUCCCGGCUCGUGCCUCCCAGGGGCCCCCGGAGAUGCAGGCGGCUCUCAGCGCCGCGAAGCUGGCCGCCGCCGCGUCCCCGCAGCUGCCCACUGAAAGGGCAGAGGCCUCCCAGCGAACGUCAAACCCCACGUCCGACCCCCAGGGGAUGGCCCAGAACGGCAUCCCGCCGGGCCCGGCGCUGGAGGACCACCCCUACUUCACGCCCCGGCCAGCGACCAGGACCUACUCCAUGCCCGCCCAGUUCUCCAGCCACUUCGGACGGGAGGCUCAUGCCCUGCACAGCCCAGGUCGCGCGCCUCGGGACAGCCAGCACGCGGCCCCCGGCCCCGAGGCCCAGGCGCCCAGAGGCGGUGUCCUCAGCCUGGCCAACGGGCAGGGCGUCUACAGUGUCAAGCCCCUGCAGGAGAGGAGCCUUCCCGCAGCAGGGCCAGGGGAGGCCCUCUCAGGGCAGGAAAUGAGCUGCCUCGGCCCCGACAAGGUCAGAGUCACCAGAAGACAUUACUACUCCGAGCAGAACUGGCCCCACGAAUCUACCUCAUUUUUCUCUGUCAAGCAGAGGAUCAAGUCUUUCGAGAACCUGGCCCAUUCCGACCGGCCCACCCCCAAGUCCGGGGCUUCCCCUUUUUUGUCGGUGAGCUCCAAGCCUCCCCUUGGCAGACGGUCAUCGGGCAGUGUGGCUUUGGGGAGCCACCAGAGUGACCCAACAAUGAGGUCGCUGAGACGCAGCCUGAGCUCCUGCAGCGAAAGCCAAAGUGAAGCCAGCACCCUCAUCCCCCAGAUGACCAAGUCCCCGUCCAGCGUGACCCUGACGGGCCCCCGGCAGGCCCCGGCUGAGGCCGGUCACAAGGCCCCGGACCCCGACCCGAAGAAAUCCCUUGGUCCUUCCGGAAUUCCCACCCCCGCCCAGCCCCCGGCCUCUCCCGUCAGGAGGAACAAGUCCUCGGUGCGCCACACCCAACACUCGCCGCUGUCCCGCUCGAAGCUGCAGGAGCUGAGGGCCCUCAGCAUGCCCGACCUGGACAAGCUCUGCAGCGAGGACUUCUCGGCGGGGCCGACGGCCGUGCUCUUCAAGACGGAGCUGGAGAUCGUCCCCAGGAAGCCGCUCGGCGCCCCUGCUGAGGGCCCCACUGGGUCCACGGCCCUUUCGUGCCCCGAGAAGGGAGGGGACAGGGUCUGCGCUGGAGGGAGCAGCCUUCAAGCCAGUGAGCCUGGGACACCGCAUUCAGCCCACCACGUGGGUGAAGUCAGCCCGGGGCCGCCUGCUGCAAAAAGCUGGUCGGUUAAUUUGGAUCAACUUCUCGUCUCAGCGGGGGCCCAGCAGAGGUUACAGGCUGUUUUGUCAGCAGUGGGGUCCAGCGCGACCAUCCUCACGCUCAUCCAGGAGGCAAAAGCACAAUCAGAGAAUAAAGAAGACAUUUGCUUCAUCGUCUUGAAUAAAAAAGAAGGCUCAAGUCUGGGAUUCAGUGUGGCAGGAGGGACAGAUGUGGAGCCAAAACCAAUUGUGGUGCACAGGGUGUUUUCUCAGGGGGCAGCGUCUCAGGAAGGGACUGUGAACAGAGGAAAUGUCCUCCUGUCAGUCAAUGGCACCUCACUGGCUGGCUUAGCCCAUGGGGAUGUCCUGAAGGUUCUACACCAGGCUCAGCUGUACAAAGACGUCCUUGUGGUCAUCAAGAAAGGGAAUGGCCAGGCCAGGCCCAUACCCAGGCAGGAGCCUUCCACCACCAAUAUGAAGAGCUCACUGUCCAGAAAAACCAUCCCCCUAGAGCCUGCAACAGGGAGAAGUGUCGCUGCUCACGAUGCUCUGUGUGUUGAAGUGCUGAAGACCUCGGCUGGGCUGGGACUGAGUCUGGAUGGAGGGAAGUCGUCUAUGUCUGGAGAUGGGCCCCUGUUCAUUAAGAGAGUGUACAAAGGUGGAGCAGCUGAACAAGCAGGAACGAUAGAAGCUGGAGAUGAAAUUCUUGCCAUUAACGGGAAACCCCUGGUUGGGCUCCUGCACUUCGAUGCCUGGAAUAUUAUGAAAUCAGUCCCAGAGGGGCCCGUGCAGUUGGUCAUUAGAAAGCACAGGAAUUCUUCAUGAAACAAGCACGAGCGCGGACACUCACUGACAGAGCUUGCACACUUUCUGUUUCCUUCUUUCUUUAGCAAAGCCGAACGACUUCUGUAAUUGAUGGUUCCUGGAAUAACAAACAGUGCUAUGGGCAAGGACUAUAAGAAUCUCCAAGUUUUUACUUAAACCUGAGCUGACACAUUGUGUGCGCAACAGCAAUGGAGCUGGCCUCUGGCAGCCUUCCGCCUGCGCUGCCUGGGCCGAGAGGGUUCCCUUUGUUCCAGUGCCUGUCCCCUACCUUCACGUUCACUGAGGGGGACACAAGCUGUGGCCCUUCUUCAUCUGAAACAUUUAGCCAGAACUUCGCAUCCCUUUUGCCACCUCUCCCAAUACACCCAAUUCUGGCAGUCAGGGAGCUAACAAUGUCUGAGGGGCAACACAAAUGGACUAUAGUUUUAUAUAAUUUUGUAAGUAAGUAAUAGAAUGCUUUCAGGCACAUUCCAUGGAAGGAAGACUUGUAGGUCUGUAUGUUACCCUGAAAAGAAAGUGAAAUUUUAAACAAUUAUGACCUAAUGGUUAGGCUGAGCUCAGGAAUUAUCCGAAAAUGAAAAAGUAAACUACAAAAUGAGGUAUUUUGUAGUGAGUAUAAAGUGCAACAUAUGGAUGCAGAGUUCAACUUAGUAGGUUAUUGAUCGCUGGGAAGUGCUGAUCAUGACCUGAAAGUGUAAGUCGUAAGGCUGUUUUACAGAAAUGCAGUUCUGAUAAACUGUACUAAAAUAACUAUGAGCUUUGCUGCUUAGAAUGAGCAGAAAGUUUCAGCUCUGAAAGCACCUUGCAUCUAGCUGGGAACCUGUCUUGAGUAACCUUGAAUUCAAGACUGUUCUACACAAAAGCAGGCAAAAUAUCACAGUCACUGGGUUUCCAUUUCCAUAUUUAGUACUCUCCAACCACAGAUUUUAAUUUUUAGAAAUCAAGUAUCUUUGGAUUUACAGACAUGCAUUGUAUUUACAAUCCAAACAGACGUAAAAUAAUCCUUUUAAGGGCAAUUUUUUUUGUUUGUUUGGGGGUUUUUCCUUCCCCCUUUUACCAAUAAGCUUAAGAAAGGUUAUGCAUCAAAUCUCUUUUCCUCACCUGGCUAUAAUGACAUAGCUCUAUAGUGACUGAAGUCUUUGCUGUUUUUGUUUUCCUGUUUGCAAUUUCUUCCUUCUGCCAAACAUGUCUCUCUACAGAGGACUGUUGUGACACACUGCUUGUGAAACUUAUCCCAGCUGCUCUCUUUAGGAAGCACAAGCUUCUUCACAGUAGCAAUUCCCAUUCGAUAUGCUGAUCAUUGUCACAAAAUUGGCUUUUCUCUCCCCGUACUGUACUUUCUUUUCUUACUCUAAACUUCACAUCAUCAGUUUCAUUUGCCAAAAUGUAGUAAGAAGAAGAAAAUGGAGAACAACGGGGAGUCACUCUUUCAAGGGAAAGGAGCAGAACUACGUGGUCACAACCCAAAUCCUCAGCAGGCACAGGUCAGCUGAGUCCCGGGAAUAAGGGUAAGACUGCACACCAGUGCAUGAUAACACUAACGUUUUAUGUUGGAGAGUUCUUUAACCUACAGUUUGGGUCUAUCUAUAGCUUAGAGAAAAGAACUGAGGUCAUCAGGCCUCUGAUCAUGGAGGUGCUCUGUACAUCAUUUUUCUAAAUGACCAAUCCCAGUAAACCUCUGUGGAGGUUUCUCAGAUGGGAGCGAAGUAUCUAGCUGGUGUGAGCCCAAAUUCCUCCUUUUUUCACAGGCUUAUUAUAUAAAAGAGAAUGUAGUACAGACAUUAGCUAGAAAGACCUGAUUCAUUUAGCUUCUACUUUUCACUACAUUUGCAGGUAGGAUACUAUAGGAAGUCAGUGCAAGGUGCAUGCUAGAUUGUUUUUUAGUCUUUGGGGUCAGUUUCUGCUUUCUUGCUUAAAUAACAAGAGGCUACUGAAAUUCAACACCAACAACUAUUUUUUGCCUCCAUUCUUCCAGCUGUGCCUACUAGUAAGAAAUAAAUGCACAGGCCUUUGUGGACAGGUAUUUUUAGAGUAAUGUGGAGUAACAGGGUGGUCUCCUCUAAGAGUCCCUAAUCCUCACAGCUGAGAGUGCAAGGGUAGACCUCUGGCUCACUAAACUAUGUUAAAAUCAUCAGCCAUUUCUACUAGAUCUGCCAGAAGGGAUCCCUGGCCUACAGUUGGAAUUUAAAGGAAGAAGCAAAAGCUAAACUGUCUGUGACCCUAAGAUAAAAAAGCUAUUUAUUUGUCUUCAGUGUUCAAGGCAUGACUAGUAUUUCUAAUUAGUCUAAUUCCCACACUUCCUGAAGUGAACACUAAAUGUAUUGUCCUGCUAAAACUUACAUUGUUUUGGUUUAUUAACUGGUCAGUCAUUCACAAUAAGCUAUGAGGGUAAGUAUGUGUUAUAACAUGUAAAUCAUAGUUGCAAGAUCUAUACCAUGAAGGUUGAAGUAGCCUGGGUUUCAUUUCUAUCCUCCCAUAAACAUCUCAUUUACUUUUAUGGUUGACUUAAUUGCACCACAUCUGUUGUAUGAUAUUAUACAUUAUCCUUUAUUUAUGUAAUAUAAAAUGCCUUAUAUAUUAAAGAGUAAGUGCAAUAAUAUGAAAUAGCCUGUACAUUUUAAAAAUGUUGUCGCCAAGUUAUGUAAAUCCACGUAUCUGUAAACAACCUUUUUUAAGUAAUUUUAAAAAAAAUAAACACUUGGCUUAC